AUGAGCAGCCAAAAGAACUAUGUUGAAUUGAAUCGCACCAAACAAAAGAUGCCUCUUGUUGGCCUCGGUACCGCCCGAAUCGAUCGUAAAGAAACAGAGGAAGUGGUUUACAAUGCUAUCAAGACGGGUUAUCGUUUGAUUGAUGCCGCCCUUUUGUACCAAAAUGAAGCAGAAGUAGGCAAGGCUAUCAAGAGAGCCCUUUCUGACGGGAUUGUUAAACGCGAAGAGUUAUUUGUUAUUAGCAAACUUUGGAAUAGUCAUCAUAGUAAAGAAGCUGUGAAGAAGGCUAUCAAGGUUACUCUUGAAGAUCUGGGUCUCGAUUAUCUUGAUCUUUAUCUUAUCCACUGGCCAAUCCCUAGUCAUUUUGUUGAACCCAAAGACUUGCCAAACAUUGCCAUGGAAAAAGAAUACAAGAUGGAGCGCUCACCUAUACAUGAAUGCUGGCGUGCGAUGGAAGAACUUGUGGAUGAGGGACUUGUUCGCAAUAUUGGCGUUUCCAACUUUAAUGUUCAAUCCAUUCUUGAUAUUCUCACUUAUUGUAAAUACAAGCCUGCUGCCCUUGAGAUCGAGCAUCAUCCUUAUCUCCAGCAGAAGCGCCUUGUCAAAUGGGUGAACUCUCACGAUAUCCAUAUUAUUGCAUAUGGCGCCUUUGGUCCAACUGUCUAUGGUGGUGUAGUUCCCAACAAUCUGAAGGAUGUUCAGUCUCUCUUUGAGCAUCCUGUGAUCAAAAAGAUUGCUGAAAAGCACAAACGCGAGCCUGGCGAAGUCUUGCUGAAAUGGGUCAUUCAGCGUGGCAUCACUGUUAUCCCCAAGACGACCAAGAUAGAACGUAUGAAGAGCAAUCUGAACUUAUUCUCCUUUGACUUGGACGAGGAUGACUUUAAGAAAAUCGAAAAUUUAGAUAUCAAGGCUAGGUUUAACGAUCUUGUUGAAGAAAUGUAUGGCUAUGAUUUCCCUAUCUUUGAUUAA